UCAAAAUUUGUUUAUUGUCAUGAUCGAAUAAAAACUCAAAAAAGGUAAAACAAGUUUAUAGUAAAAACAACACCACCACCAUCACCAACAGGUGACACAAUCAGAACGCAAUCAAAUCGGGAGUUUGUGCUUUCACUCCUCUGCGGCCGACGACGACGACGACGAUCACCUACACCGCCAUAGCUCAUUCCGAUCAAAUCUCCAGCAUAACCAACUCCGAUUGUAAGAUUCUUCAUCAGAUCUUGAUCUCAAUUUCAAAUCUCUCAUCUUCAACUAUACCCUCUAUAGCUUAGAUCGAUACACCUCUUUCACCUUAGGGUUUUAAUCCAAUUUCGGCUCACUCUGUCACUGAUUGUGUAAUUGAAGUUGUUUCGAGAACCCUAGGGUUUUUAGAUUACAGAAACGGUGUCGUUUUGUGAACUAGGUUUAGGAGUAUGUUAAAUUAAUGUCAUAAUAAUGGUGGUGAGGAUUCUAGGGUUGACUCGUGGAGAGGACGAGUCGCCGAGGGAGAUCACGCGCAACAAUUUGUUGAGUGAGAGUGGAGGAGAGAGUGGCUGGUUGAUUAGGUUUUUUGAUUCGGCUUUCUUUUGUGAGUGGAUUGCGGUUAGUUAUUUGUAUAAGCAUGAUCAUCCAGGGGUUAGGGAUUAUUUGUGUAACCGGAUGUAUACUCUCCCGUUGUCCGGUAUCGAGAGUUACUUGUUUCAGAUAUGUUAUAUGCUUGUUCACAAGCCCAGUCCAUCGUUGGAUAAGUUUGUUAUUGAUAUUUGCUCUAAGUCGCUUAAGAUUGCGUUGAAAGUGCAAUGGUUUUUGAUGGCCGAGCUUGAGGAUUCGGAUGAUAACGAGGGGAUUAGUAGGAUUCAAGACAAGUGUCAGAUUGCUGCUACGUUGAUGGGAGAGUGGGCGCCUUUGAUUAAACCGCAAAGUGAGCCUGCAACCAAUGCUGGUAAGAACCAGGUUCUUACUAGGUUGUUAUCUUCGAAACAACGGUUGUUGUCUUUAGCAACGUCGCCACCUCAGAAGUCGUUUUCGUUCUCUCCCUCUGUGACGAACCCUUUACAAGAGGAAGGUAGUAGCAAGGGGUCGCUGGAUGACAACACGAUAUUUAAAAAAUUUAUUCCCAGUCCAAAGGUACGGAAUGCGUUUCUUUUUAGGAAAUCUGUUGAUAAAGAUGAUGAGGAACCUGACAAGGAGCCUGAUAAGGAAGGGUUCUUUAAGAGGCUGUUAAGAGAUGGUAAGGAAGAUGAUGAACCGGAUAAAGAGAGUUUUUUCAAACGACUGUUAAGAGAUGGUAAGGAUGAUGAUGAACAAGACAAGGAUAAUUUCUUUAAGAGGCUUUUAAGAGAUUCUAAAGAUGAAGACGUGCGGAAAUCUGUUGAGAGAGACGAUGAGGACAAAGAGAAGGAUGGAUUUUUCCGUAGGCUUCUUAAAGAUAGUAAAGACGAAGAUGAUGUCACGUCCAGCUCAGAUAAUAAAUUCUUUAAACGACUAUUUCGUGAUAAUAAAGGGGAUAUGGAAGAAAAAUCUGUUUCGAAAUCUGUUGAAGGUGAUGAUAAGGAUGGGUUCUUUAGGAAGCUUUUCAGGGAUAAAGGUGAAGAAGAAGAGAAAGUGACGAGUUCCGCUGAAGAUGAUGAGAAAGAAGGCUUCUUUAGGAAAAUUUUUAAAGAAAAAAAUGAAGACAAGAAAGAUGAAGCUGCUAAUGAGGAAAGCAAUGGGUAUGCAAAUGGUGUGGAAGAAGAAUCUUCAGACUUCCCUUUGUUUCGCAGAUUCUUUCGUUCGCAGUCUGAUGAUACGAAAUCAGUACCAGCAAAUGAAAGCAUCAAUGGUGGUGCACCUGAAAGCAGUCCAGGAACAGAAAUUUUUUUCCGCAAGUUAUUCAGAGACCGUGAUCGUUCUGUGGAAGAUUCAGAACUUUAUGGAUCGAAAAAGAACAAAGAGAAGCAAAGAAAUGAGAAUUCCAGUCUUAAGCCACCAUUACCAAAUUCGACUGCAUCACAGUUUCGUAAAGGGACAUAUCAUGAGUCACUUGACUUUGUUCACUCAUUAUGUGAGACUUCAUAUGGCUUAGUUGAUGUUUUUCCUGUUGAAGAUCGCAAAAGUGCGCUUUGUGAGUCGCUCACCGAGAUCAACGUGCAUGUCGCUGCAGCCCAAAGUAGUGGAGGCGUGUGCUUUCCAAUGGGGAAGGGAAUGUAUCGUGUGGUUCAUAUACCAGAAGACGAAGCUGUUCUUCUUAACUCCAGGGAGAAAGCACCUUAUCUAAUAUGUGUUGAAGUAUUGAAAAGUGAAACCGUGAGCACUGUGAAGGAUGGUUCUACUUCUCAGAAACUUUCAAGGGGCGGAAUCCCAUUGGCUAAUGGAGACGCGUUUUUACCGAAACCUCCUCCAUGGGCCUAUCCGUUGUCAAACGGGCAAGAUCUUUACCAUUCUGGUCACGAUAGGAUGUCGAGAUCUGCUUCUGAUGCAAUUGAUCAAGCAAUGGGUCAGUUGUGGGACUCAAAAGCAAAGUUUGUUAACGUGCGUCUUGUUGUCGACAAUUCAUCUCCCUGCUGUUCGAACAAUUUUGAAGGAUCCCAUUCAGGUUUUGAUCCUCAUCAUUAUCAAGGUAGAGAGUGUUCCACUUCCAGUUGUCGACCAGAUGGCAGUGAUUUAGAAUGGGUGAGAGUAGUGUUGACUGCAGAUUCGGGGGUUCGCAUGGAUGAUAUAGAGGUUCAGGAACCACCUCGAAGGAGGGAGCACCGUCGUGUUCCAAGUACUAUAGCUUUCGAGGAAGUGAAGGCUGCUGCGUUAAAGGGAGAAGCACCUCCUGGACUUCCUGUAAAGGGGUCUGGUCAAGCUUCAUCAGAUGCACAACAGAAGGACAUAGACGGUGCAACUCCAAAGGCAAGUGAUGCAUUAUCUGGGGAACUUUGGCAAGCCAAAAAAGAUAGAAUACGCCAGGCUUCAGAGUUUGGAAAGCUUCCUGGUUGGGACCUGUGCUCUGUUAUUGUGAAAAGUGGUGAUGAUUGUAGGCAGGAACAUCUUGCAGUGCAACUUAUCUCUCACUUUUACGAUAUAUUCCAAGAAGCUGGACUACCUCUUUGGUUGCGCCCUUAUGAAGUCCUUGUCACAUCUUCUUACACAGCUCUAAUUGAAACAAUCCCAGAUACAGCGUCACUUCAUUCUAUCAAAAGUAGAUUCCCCAAUGUCACGAGCUUGCGUGACUUUUUCAUUGCCAAAUAUCAAGAAAAUUCAUCAACAUAUAAACUUGCACAGAGGAACUUUGUGGAAAGUAUGGCUGGAUACUCCCUUGUUUGCUAUCUCUUACAGGUGAAAGAUAGACACAAUGGCAACCUGUUACUAGAUGAAGAUGGGCAUAUCAUACACAUUGAUUUUGGCUUCAUGCUAUCUAAUUCUCCUGGGGGAGUUAAUUUUGAGAGUGCACCGUUCAAGUUAACCCGUGAACUUCUUGAGGUUAUGGAUUCUGAUGCCGAGGGGGUUCCAAGCGAGUUCUUUGACUACUUCAAAGUUUUGUGCAUUCAAGGCUUCCUAACAUGUCGGAAGCAUGCAGAGCGGAUUAUUCUACUUGUUGAGAUGUUGCAGGACUCUGGUUUCCCAUGUUUCAAAGGCGGUCCUCGGACAAUACAGAACUUAAGAAAACGAUUUCACUUAAGUUUGACCGAAGAGCAAUGCGUGUCCCUGGUGCUUUCUCUGAUUAGUAGCAGCUUAGAUGCAUGGAGAACACGGCAAUACGACUACUAUCAGAGAGUUUUAAACGGCAUAUUGUAAAAUGACCCAUCAUCCUUCACUCGCCAGCCAUCUUGAGAUAUUGAUCAGUUGUAUCAGCGUGAUGGGUAGAUUGCAUAUUAUCACGCCACUUGGAACAACAUGAUCCUGACUCAUGGGGGUAUAAUUCUCUAUAUGCCGACAUACAAUACUAGUGUACAGGGCCAUCUCAUGGUGUUUGACCAUGAUUAUGCCGUCAAGAUGCUGUCCCCGUUACUUGUCAGAACUGUACAUCAGUUUCGUUCUUGUUUUUAGAUGAAUUUUUGGGCCAGAGAACGGGCGGUUCUUGGUUUGGUUUUCAUAGGUUGCGUAUGCAUAUCAUAAACCAAAUGCUUCUGUUUACUUGAAACACUAGCAUAUGGUAUUGUGUAUAAUUCUUGUUUUAUUUGGUUGGUAUUAUUUGAAUUAGUGUGUUUUUCUCUUCUUCCUGAUUUACCAUUUAUGUAAUUUGAUAACCGCGAUAUAGCCUUUGUCAUACUGCUCGUUUGAGCCAGGCUUUUGGUCAGUUUUGUAUUUUGCAGUUGACUUUUUGAUUAACCAUUAACAUAUUAUUUGUUUCUAAA